UACAGCACCUGGGUCUGGGCAUGGACGGGGCUGGACAGCCUCCCUAGACUUGGCUCCAGUCCUCGUGCAGAGGCGUCACCUCUCUGAGUUCUAGACCCAGGGCCCGUUGCCAUGGACCAGCCCGAGGCCUCCUGCUCCAGCGAGCAGGCCCGCGCGGCCGCCGCCCGCGAGCUGCUCCUGGCGGCGCUGGAGGACCUGAGCCAGGAGCAGCUGAAGCGCUUCCGCCACAAGCUGCGCGACGCGCCGCUGGACGGGCGCAGCAUCCCGUGGGGGCGGCUGGAGCGCGCGGACGUCGUGGACCUGGCCGAGCAGCUGACCCACUUCUACGGCGCCGAGCCCGCGCUCGAGGUGGCGCGCAAGACGCUGAAGAGGGCGGACGUCCGCGACGUCGCGGCGCAGCUCAAGGAGCAGCGGCUGCAGCGGCUCGGCCCCAGCUUCUCGGUGCUGCUCUCCGUGUCCGAGUACAAGAAGAAAUACCGGGAGCACGUGCUGCGGCAGCACGCCAAGGUCAAGGAGCGCAACGCCCGCUCCGUGAAGAUCAACAAGCGCUUCACCAAGCUGCUCAUCGCGCCCGAGAGCGCCGCCCUGGCGCCCGAGGCCCUGGGGCCCGCGGAGGCGCCCGCGCCCGAGCGCGCUCGGCGCUCGGACACGCACACUUUCAACCGCCUGUUCGGCCACGACGAGGAGGGCCAGCGGCCGCUGACCGUGGUGCUGCAGGGCCCGGCGGGCAUCGGCAAGACCAUGGCGGCCAAGAAAAUCUUGUACGACUGGGCGGCGGGGAAGCUGUACCACGGCCAGGUGGAUUUCGCCUUCUUCCUGCCGUGCGGGGAGCUGCUGGAGCGGCCGGGCGCCUGCAGCCUGGCCGACCUGGUCCUGGACCAGUGCCCGGACCGCAGCGCCCCGGUGCGGCAGAUGCUCGCCAACUCCGAGCGGCUGCUCUUCAUCCUGGACGGCGCGGACGAGCUGGACGAGCUGGACGAGGUGCCGGCGCCGGGGCCCGCCGAGGCGGCGGCCUGCACGGACCCCUUCGAGGCCGCCGGCGCCGCGCGGGUGCUGGGCAGCCUCCUGAGCAAGGCGCUGCUGCCCCAGGCCCGCCUGCUGGUGACCACGCGCCCCGCCGCGCCGGGCCGGCUGCAGGGCCGCCUGCGCUCCCCGCAGUGCGCCGAGGUGCGCGGCUUCUCGGACAAGGACAAGAAGAAGUACUUCUACAAGUUCUUCCAGGACGAGCGGCGGGCGGAGCGCGCCUACCGCUUCGUCAAGGAGAACGAGACGCUGUUCGCGUUGUGCUUCGUGCCCUUCGUGUGCUGGAUCGUGUGCACCGUCCUGCGCCAGCAGCUGGAGCUGGGCCAGGACCUGUCGCGCACCUCCAAGACCACCACGUCCGUGUACCUGCUGUUCGUCGCCAGCUUCCUGAGCUCGGGGCCCGCCGCCGACCGGCCUCGGGUGCAGGGCGAGCUGCGCCAGCUGUGCCGCCUGGCCCGCGAGGGCGUCCUGGGGCGCAGGGCGCAGUUCGCCGAGAAGGAUCUGGAGAGACUGCAGCUGAGCGGCUCCAAGGUCCAGACGCUGUUCCUCGUCAAGAAAGAGCUCCCGGGCGUGCUCCAGACCGAGGUCGCCUUCCAGUUCAUCGACCCGAGUUUCCAGGAGUUCUUCGCGGCGCUGUCCUACCUGCUGGAGGAGGCGGGGCCCGCGGCGCCGGCGGGCGGCGUCCGGGAGCUCCUGCGCGGGGACCUGGCGCUCGCCACCCGCUUCCUCUUCGGGCUGCUGAGCGCCGAGCGCGUGCGUGACAUCCAGCGCCACUUCGGCUGCGCGGUGUCCGAGCGCGUGAAGCAGGAUGUGCUGCGGUGGGUGCAGGACCAGGGCCAGGGCCAGGGCCAGGGGCGCCCUCCCGCGGCGCCGGCGGGGGCGGAGGAGCCCAAGGAGCCGAAGGACGCGGAGUCCGAGGAGGAGGCGGAGGAGGAGGAGGAGGAGGAGGAGGAGGCAGAGGAGGAGGAGGAGGAGGAGGAGGAGGAGUUCAGCUUCCCGCUGGAGCUGCUGUACUGCCUGUUCGAGUCGCAGGAGGCGGCCUUCGUGCGCCAGGCCCUGCGGGGCCUCCGGGAGCUGGCGCUGGAGCGCUGGAGCUUCAGCCACAUGGACCUGGCCGUGCUGAGCUACUGCGUGCGGUGCUGCCCCGCCGGGCAGGCGCUGCGGCUGGUUGGCUGUGCGCUGCCCGCCCCGCAGAAGAAGAAGAAGAAAAGCCUGAUGAAGCGGCUGCAGAGCAGCCUGAGCGGCAGCCCCUCUCAGGCCGCCGCGAAGAAACCCCAGGCGUCCUCGCUGCGCCCUCUCUGCGAGGCCAUGACCGACCAGCAGUGCGGCCUGACCAGCCUGACGCUGUCCCGCUGCAGACUCCCAGACUCCGCGUGCCACGACCUGGCGCAGGCCCUGAAGGCGGCCCCCGCCCUGACCGAGCUGUGCCUCCUGCACAACGGGCUCAGCCAGGCGGGGCUGCGGGCGCUGAGCGAGGGCCUGGUCUGGCCCGGGUGCCGGGUGCAGACACUCAGGCUGCAGCAGCCCGGCCUCCAGGAGGCGCUCCAGUACCUGGUGGGCCUGCUCCAGCACAGCCCCGCCCUGACCACCCUGGAUCUCAGUGGCUGCCAGCUGUCGGGACCCGUGGUGACAGGCCUGUGCGCGGCCCUGCAGCAGCCGGGAUGCCGCCUGCAGACCCUCAGCCUGAGCUCCGUGGAGCUGAGCAAGCAGUCCCUGGAGGAGCUGCAGGCUGUGAGGACAGCAAAGCCAGGCCUGGUCAUCACACACGCGGCGCUGGACAGCCCCCCUGCGUCUCCCCAGGAACUCAGCACGGCCUUGUAGGCCCCGCGGGCAGUGCAGCCAGGAGGACGCCCCUCAGCCCAGGAGAAGCUCUCCCGUCCGAGGACCUGAGGGAGUUGCUGAGGGGCCGGGCAGACAGGGAGAAGCCCCAACCGACGGGCAUGGCCCCCUCCAUGGUCCUCCACAGGGCCCGGGACAUGCCCCUUCCCCACACCCUGGGCCCUGACCCCCGCUGGGCCCCACCACCUUCCUCUCCCGGGCCCUGCAGCCACCCCUUUGCAGCCCUGCCCCCAACAAUGCUGCUGGGAGCCCCCAUAACUGAGCGCCUGCCACGCGCGGACCUUGACUGGUGUGCUGGGUGCAGAGUGACACCUUCGCGGACCGUCUCCAUCUGCGGUGCGGGCCCCAGGGCCCCACGGUCCUGCCCCUGGCCAACGAGGUUCAAGCAGGGCUGACCCUUGACCAGAGGUGGGCGGGUCGCCAUCCCUCCCCCAGAACGCGGGUCCUGGCAUCAGGGGAGGCCAUCCCUGAGGCCGUGUGCCGAGCCCAGGGGUGUCCACUGGCCGUCUAAGGUCUGGGGACGGAGCCCAGGGCAGAGGGAGAAGGCAGUGGCCUGACCCGGCGGCGGCCGGCCGUGACGGCUGGCGGUGGGCAGUCCGAGCCGGUAAUAAAGUCUCUUUUGCAUUCGUG